GGCGGGAUGAACGGGACGGGCCCGGGGCGGUGCGAGCACGGCGGGAGGCUGCCGGCCGGGGCCGGGCCCCUGGUCAGCGCCCUCAUGUUCUCCGCUGGCCUCCUGGGCAACCUCCUGGCCCUGGGGCUACUGUUGCGCUGCCGCCGCGGACCCCGAGCCCGCCCGCCUUCCCUCUUCCACGUCCUGGUGCUGGCCCUGGUGGUCACCGACCUGCUGGGCACCUGCUCCGUCAGCCCCUUCGUCUUGGCUUCCUACCACCGCAACCGCACCCUGACGGCCCUGGCCCAAGGAGGACACAUCUGCCUCUACUUCGGCUUCGCCAUGAGCUUCUUCGGCCUCGCCACCAUGCUUAUCCUCUUCGCCAUGGCGCUGGAGCGAUGCCUGGCCCUGGGGCAGCCCUACUUCUACGAGCGCUUUCUCAGCCCCCGCACGGGCUUGGUUGCCCUGCCUGCCAUCUACACCUUCUCCGCGGCCUUCUGCUCCUUGCCGCUGGUGGGCUUCGGGCGGUACGUGCAGUAUUGCCCCGGCACCUGGUGCUUCAUCCAGAUGCACCUGGACUACCUCCAGCGGAACGGCGGAAGGGAGGUGUCUGGGUUGGACGUCACCUUCUCGCUGCUCUAUGCCACCCUCCUCCUCUUCCUCAUCCUCUCCGUGCUCCUCUGCAACCUCAGCGUCAUUGCCAACCUGGCCCGCAUGCACCACCGCGGGCAGAAGACCCGACGGCUGGCCACGCUCGAGCAGCCCCGGGCGGCUGGCGGCUGCGGCCGGCGCAUGUUCUCCAUGGCCGAGGAGAUUGACCAUCUCCUUCUCCUCUCCAUCAUGACCAUCACCUUUGUCAUCUGCUCCCUGCCGUUCACGAUCCGCGCCUACGUGAACAAGUUCAGUGGCAAAGAGGACACUGACAACACCGACAACUGGGACCUCCUGGCCCUGAGGUUUCUGUCUAUUAAUUCCAUCGUCGACCCUUGGGUCUUUGCCAUCCUGCGGCCGCCAGUCCUGCGGUUCAUGCGCUCUGUGCUGUGCUGCCAGGUGACCCCCGUGAGCCAGGACAGGCGGACUCCGUCCCCGGCAAAGACAAAACCGGCAGCCCGGCUGGACCCCUGUGGGCAGUAGAUCCAUCAACCAUCCCAGGAGACAUCUGCCAGGUGAAGCACAGUCCUGGCAGAUGUUAAGGAAGCUCUGCCUUGUGGCCCAUCAAGAGACGUAUCUGCUGCAGGCUGGGCCAGGUACGGGUGGCCUGGCCAGGUGUCACUGCGUGUCUGGGAAGCCCCUGGAAAGCCAGCGCGGUCUCUCACAGGGCAACAAAAUACGAUGGGACAAGAUCAGAAGGGCUGAUGAGUACCUGGAUACCGCUGUCGCCUUUAGACGGGGCUGCUCCCACCCGGCAAAGGGUACAGGCUGCGUUCGGCCACGCUG